CGCCGUUGCCGCCUUAUCUGUCUCUCAGUGCGCCGUCCGCCGCCGGCCGAAUAACUGCGCGAUCGGAAUCGAGUCGCGGGGCUGCGAUUGAAACGCCCCUCUUUUUCCCGCCGGUAAACAACGAAGGCGCGAAAUCCCGCGCGCGCCAAUUUUAUUAGCCCUUGGAAAAAUCCGGACGAUUGUUGAAAUAAGAUCGGUGCAACAGAGGGCGAGUUUUAUCGGUUGUGUUCUCUCUCACUCUUGGUAUUUGUGCGCUUUUGUGAAUGUCGCAAAUUACUCUUGGAAAGUAAAUAAAUUAACAAAUAAAAACGAAUUUUCUGUUACUUCGUACAAGGUGUGUUUAAAAUGUUUUUACUCGUUUCGUUUCGUGGGAAAAUCGUUGUUUUGUACAGAGAAAUUUCAGUAGAUAGUUGAGUAACGGUAAAGUAUGCAAAAAAAAAAAAAUUAAAAUAUUCAUAUUCUACGAGUAAAGGAAACGAUGAAAGAAAUUUGUCGCGGAGAAGAAUAAAUCAACUGUAAAUUUAGUGAUUAGCAAAUGAAAUUAUUUGUAACAGAGAAAAAGAAUAUUCAAUUUCAAUCGUAGGUACGAUAAUACGUUUUGAAGAUAAGAGAAAGCACUUUUCGCUUCGGGGUGUAUAAUUUGAAGGUUCGUGUUGUGAAAUUAGUAGUCGGGAGUGCGGUAUUUUGUGAAUGUGCGCGCGUGUGUGUUUCGUUGAGUUUUUUAAAAUACUUAUUCGGAAAAUUUACAAAUAAAAUCAUGUGGUGGGUGAUUAUUAUACCGCUCCUUGGACUAACGGCCAUCGACGCUGUUGUAUUCGCUGCUCGAGUCACGGGGAGCUCUCCUCAAAAACUUGCACCCCUGGUCGACGUUACGAGCGUCGAGGGUCAGAACGUCGAAUUAUCAUGCGACAUAUCACCGCCGAUACACGACAAACUCCACAUGGUGCUUUGGUACAAAAACGACGACGGAGUUCCGAUAUACACAUUCGACGUUAGGGGCAGAUCGUUGGAACACGCGGAGCACAAGUCCGAGUUGUUCGGUAGUCGGGCGUAUUUCAGAACCGCCGUCCAACAGCCGGCCGUGCUUGUUAUCGACCAGAUAAAACGACACGACGCAGCAUCGUACAGAUGCAGAGUCGACUUCCGCAAGGCGCAGACGAGGAGCUUCCGGUACAACCUGACAGUUAUCGUGCCCCCCGAGCUACCGGCCAUUUUGGACAGAUGGGGUCGUGUCUUGAACGACAGCGUUGGCCCCUACCAAGAGGGUGACGAAUUGCUGCUCAACUGUCGGGUGAUUGGCGGUAAACCACCGCCGCUUGUCAGAUGGCUGAUAAACGGAAUCGUAAGGGAUCAGGAAUCGGAAAUUCGAGCGGGUGACGUAAUCGAGAACAGGUUGACGUUGUCAUCGAUAAGCCGUUCCGAUCUCGGCACGAGAUUCACCUGCCAGGCACUGAACACAAAACUCGUCGAGCCUAAAACAGCUUCGCUGAUCCUCGAAAUGAAUCUGAAACCGUUAACGGUGAAGAUAAAAAAACCGGGAUCAACAACGACGACUAUUAACAACGGAAUUGGCGAGGCUCUCAGGGCUGGCAAGCUGUACAAGGUCGCAUGCGAGACAACCGGCUCCAGGCCUCCGGCUAUCAUUACUUGGUACGAGGGACAGAAGCUCCUGAUGGGCGACAAGAGGAAACCCUGGGAGGAAGAAACUCGAGAGAAUCGAACCGUCAGUUUGCUCAGCUUCCAGCCGAGGGUCGAGGACAAUGGAAAAACUAUCACUUGCAGGGCCGAGAAUCGAAACGUGACCGGUCUACACUUGGAAACUUCCUGGGUUAUAAACGUCGAAUAUCCGCCAAUCGUUUCGCUGAGGUUGGGAUUAACUUUGAGCCCUGAGGACAUCAAGGAAGGGGUUGACGUCUAUUUCGAGUGUCACGUCAAGGCGAAUCCGCCGUGGAGGAAGCUAACCUGGUAUCACAACAACGAGCUGCUGGUCCACAAUUCGUCGGCAAAAACGAUAAUAUCGAACCAGAGUCUGGCUCUUCAAACUGUGACAAGGGGCAGCGCCGGUCUUUACAUUUGCGCAGCGAGCAACGAUCUAGGCGAAACAAGAAGCGAGCCGCUACCCUUCAGAGUGAAAUUUACCCCCGUCUGCAAGGACGAAAGGGUGAUCGUUGUCGGGGCUUCGAAGGGCGAGUCGUUGGACGUCGUGUGUCGGGUCGAAGCACAUCCGCCCGCCCACAGCUUCCGGUGGAAGUUCAACAACAGCGGGGAGACUCUAGAAGUCGUUUCCAGCACCCAUCGGGUAUCGAACAACGGAGUCAGCAGCACCCUCAGGUACACCCUGAGCAGCGAACGCGAUUACGGAACUCUGAGCUGUUGGGCGGACAACGCGGUCGGUUCGCAGACAAAACCGUGCCUCUUCCAACUGGUUGCCGCAGGAAAACCUUCCCCCGUGAGAAACUGCUCGUUGGCAAAUCAGACCUACACGAGCGUUGAGGUGCGUUGUGUGCCAGGAUACGACGGCGGUUUGCCACAGCGUUUCGUCCUCGAGGUUUUCCACGGCGACGUUGAUUUCUUAUCGAGCACCCAACCGCUUUACAACGUUUCGAAUCUCGACGAGCCGGUUUUUUCCCUAGCUGGCAUCGAGGCGACCGUCGAUGCCGGUGUUCACGUUGCCGUUUACGCCGUCAACGCCAAGGGGCGAAGCACCGCCGUCGUACUCAGCGAAGUCACCUUCAGGGACGCUGAGAAACGAACCGGUCAGCAUUCCGGUAUGGCGAUGUCACCGUUGAUAGGAGUGGCAGUGGGAGCGGCGGUUACUCUGGGAUCAGUCGUCUUAGUCGUGAUGAUAAGAGCGCGUCGAGAGCGGGUCUCGAAGACCCGGAAUCACGAGAAAACAACGGAAAUAAACGACGUUCCAAACUCCCAGCAGUACCCUCUGCAAAACAUUCAAACGACCAUCGAGACCGACCCUGAUGUUAUUCCAAAUAAAUUUGAAGGCGGUGGCAACCUGGUCGAGGUCAGUCCGCCCAGCUAUCAGUGUCAGAUCGGCGGCUAUCCACCGGGUCAAUGGGUCACCCCGGGACCUACGCCCAGCAUAGACGAACUCUGCCAAAAGUUCGCCGGCCGUCCUACGGAGCUGAGGCUACCGUCGAGGAGCACCAUACCCUGCAUGCCGGGUGUCGUCGUCUGCGGUGCUCAGGGCGUCAUCGUAGCCGGCGAAUGCCUCGACGGCGAGGCGAUCAAGAGGCGUUUAAUGGCCAACAGGCUACCGGAGAGCUGCGUCUAGGCGACUCGGAACAAUUCGUUAUUCGAUGUAUAAGCGAGUAAUAAUGUAGUUAAAUUUAUGAUAACUGUGACGAACGAACCGAAGAUAUGAGAUUAAUUUACGUGCUUUCGGUGAGUAAUAAUUAUAUAGCGAAGAGAUAAAUAAGUUUUUUCAAAGUUUUUAUACUUCUCCUUCUUUCGAUACAAUUUUUCCUACCUAGUUUUCUUUUCCUAUGGUACUAGCCAAGUUUCGAAACUCCGUGUUACGAAAAUUUCCCAAUCAUCCGUGUCACCUUUUUAUUAGAUUUUCGGUAUUUUCGUUUUCCCUUCUCAUUAUGUAUAUAUUAAUCAUUUACAAUGAAUUUCCUUGACUGAAUUAUAUAUAUAUUUUUUUUUAAACUCACUUCUCGAAACGAAACGAUAAUAAGAAUAAAAAUUUUCCGCGACGUGACGAAGAUGUCGGAACGGAUAACGCAAAAAAGUAAGCGACGAUUAUUAGUCAAUAAAAAAAAGAAAAAAAAAUAAACAAAUAACUUUUCAAUUGUACAAUAAAUAAACUUAAAUCGAUAACAAUACAACGGAAAAAAAGACGGCAAGACAAAUUAAAAUAUAACUUCGAACGUGAAGUAUAAACAAAUAAUUAAAUCAAUGAAUUCCUACGAUGAGUCUGUGCGUGCGGAACUAUUUGUGUGCGUGAGCGUGUGUGUUUGUUUGAUUGUACGCGAAGAAGAAUAAAAACAAAAAAAAAACGGUAAAUAGAACAAGAUGGCAAAAGCACAAACUACAAAAACAUAAAAAUUUCCGUGUAAUUUAGAUAAAAAUUAAAUUGAAAUAAUGAAAAUUGUAAGAGAAGGUUGGAAUGGAAUUGAAUGAAAUAAAAUGUGCGAGAGAAUGCUGAUGUAACCAGAAGAAAAAACAAAUACUAGAAUAAGAAGAAAAAAAAUUGAAAAAAAGUAUUGCUGUUUGUUAGCUGAUAUUGUAUCACUGUAUAUAAUUGUUAUAAAUCUUUAGUGGUAGGUGACACUAUCAUUAUUAUGGUUAUUACGAUUAUCGCUAUCGUUAUUAAUUAUACAUCGCCGUAUUAUCGAUUUUAAAAAUUUAUCAACGAGUUAUCUGCGCAGUUUGAAUUAUACCUAUCUAUUUUUUUUUUUUUUUUGCUAAAAUUAGCAAUUAUUAUUUCGUACGAAAGAAGAUAAAGGCGAAAAAAUAUAUACAUCACAGCUUUGAACAAACUGUUUCACUUGCUUACAGUUUAUUCAGUUAUUAAUGUUAUUUAUUUAUUUGUUAUAUUAGUAACAGUGAGAAGUGCAGAUUGAGAGAAAAAGAGAAUUAAACAAAUUAGUCUUUAUCGAAUGAAAACGAACGACAACGUCCAUAUCAUUAUUAUUAUUAUAAAUAUAUACAUAAUAAUUAUACAAUAUACACGUUAUACAUGUAUACAUACGCAUGCAAAUGUAUUUUAUUUGCAAAAGAUAACAACUUUAGGCUCCUGAGGACAAAAAAUGUGAGACUAGAAAAAAAAAAAAAACCAAUUAUAAAAAACCUUCCAUUUUUUUCCAAUUCUUAUGACAUUGUAAAUACUUCACGAGCAUAUCGG